UCAAUCGCAAAGCUUCUUCCUUUUCUCUAAAAUCCGGUACCCUUUUGCCUCAAUCGUACUCUAAUCCCAGGCAUUGGGAAACUGCCCCAUUUCUAAACAAAGAAAAAUCGAAGCUUUUGGCUCCCAAUCUCCAUGGUUGAGUCGUAAAGGGCACUCUCUUCUUUUAUGAAACUCUGCCAUCAUCAGAAUCAUAGUAGCAAUCGCGAAAGGUCUAAGAUGCUUCUACGUACUACCCCACAUUUGUACGAUUCAAAUGUCUCGAGGUUCCCGCUAUUUGGUUCAGCAUCACCGAUUUCAACUCAGGCUGGUGUUUCGUCGUGUGUUGUUGCUUCCCCUGUUCUUGAUACUGGGUUGAAGUUGAGUAAACAAGCGACGGGGAGCAGUCAGCAAGGGCUUGUGAGAAAGACCCGGGAUCAUGUCAAGCAUAGCACGGCUAAUGCUUACGGUCAGGGUGCUCCAGGAAGUGUGCUAGAGGAAGAAGCGCAACUGCCAGAAACCAGCCAGCCAUGGGAAACUUCUCCAGGUCAGGCUUCUCCGCUCGGUGUAUCAGAAGUUGAUCGUGGGGUCAAUUUUGCCAUUUUCUCACAGCACGCAACCGCUGUCACUCUCUGCAUUAAAGUUGCAGAUAGGGGACAGUUUGGAGGGCCAGAUGGUGGAAUGACUGAGCUGGCUCUGGAUCCUAAUGAGAACAAGACAGGUGACAUUUGGCACAUAUGUAUAAAGGAUUUUCCCCGAAGCAAUGUCCUUUAUGGUUACCGUAUUGAUGGGCCUCAUGGUUGGGAUCAAGGGCAUCGGUUUGACAGCAGCAUUGUACUAAUAGAUCCUUAUGCGAAGCUAGUUGAAGGUCGACGCUGUUUUGGAGAUUCCAGAGAAAAGUUAUCUGGAUUCCUUGGAACUUACGAUUUUGAUAGCUCACCUUUUGAUUGGGGAGACAACUACAAGCUUCCAAAUAUUCCUGAGAAUGAUCUUGUUAUAUAUGAAAUGAAUGUUCGUGCAUUUACAGCUGAUGAAUCCAGUGGUCUGGAUCCAAAUGUUCGUGGUAGCUACCGUGGUCUGAUUGAUAAGAUUCCACACCUUCUAGAGCUCGGCAUCAAUGCUGUAGAGUUGCUGCCUGUCUUUGAAUUUGAUGAAUUUGAGUUUCAAAGGCGUUCAAACCCUAGAGAUCACAUGAUUAAUACAUGGGGUUACUCAACAAUAAACUUCUUUGCGCCUAUGAGCCGUUAUGCGAGUGCUGGUGGAGGACCCCUUAAAGCUUCCCAUGAAAUUAAAGAAAUGGUUAAAGCCUUGCAUGGUGCUGGGAUUGAGGUCAUUUUGGAUGUUGUCUAUAACCAUACAAAUGAAGCUGAUGACGCAUACCCUUAUACCACUUCAUUUCGUGGCAUAGAUAAUAAGGUUUAUUACAUGCUGGACCCAAACAACAAUGGCCAAUUACUGAACUUCUCGGGCUGUGGGAACACAUUAAACUGUAACCAUCCUGUUGUUAUGGAGCUCGUUCUUGAGAGCUUAAGACACUGGGUGACUGAAUAUCAUGUGGAUGGAUUUAGAUUUGACCUUGCUAGUGUUCUUUGUCGGGGAACAAAUGGAGCUCCACUUGAUGCCCCGCCAGUAAUCAGGGCUAUCGCAAAAGAUGCCAUUCUAUCAAGAUGUAAAAUUAUUUCUGAGCCUUGGGAUUGUGGAGGCCUUUAUCUUGUUGGAAGAUUUCCAAACUGGGACAGGUGGGCCGAAUGGAAUGGAAUGUAUCGUGAUGACUUGAGGAGAUUUAUAAAGGGGGAUUCGGGUAUGAAAGGAAGUUUUGCAACUCGUGUUUCUGGAUCUGCUGACCUUUACAAAACCAAUAAGCGCAAGCCUUAUCACAGUAUUAAUUUUAUCAUUGCGCAUGAUGGGUUCACACUAUAUGAUCUCGUUUCAUACAAUUUCAAGCACAAUGAUGCUAAUGGAGAAGGAGGAAAUGAUGGAAACAAUGAUAAUCUGAGCUGGAAUUGUGGUUAUGAAGGAGAAACUGAUGAUUCUACUAUUAAAGCUAUACGCUCUCGGCAAAUGAAAAACUUUCAUCUGGCAUUAAUGAUCUCUCAGGGAACACCAAUGAUGCUGAUGGGAGAUGAAUAUGGGCAUACUAGAUAUGGAAAUAACAACAGUUAUGGACACGAUACUGCUAUUAACCAUUUCCAGUGGGGACAGUUGGAAUCACGGAAGAAUAAUCACUUCAGGUUUUUCAAGGAGGUGAUAAACUAUCGAAAAACACAUCAUGUGUUUGGUCGUGAUACAUUUCUUGAGAAAAGUGAUGUGACAUGGCAUGAAGGCAACUGGGACAACUAUGAGAGCAAGUUUCUUGCAUUUACGUUUCAUGACAAUAAUGGAGGAGACAUCUAUAUAGCGUUCAAUGCUCAUGAUUAUUUUAUUGAAGUUCCAAUCCCCGCGCCACCAGGAACGAGGAAGUGGUUUCGUGUGGUCGACACUAAUCUUGAGUCUCCCAAUGACUGUGUGCUUGAUGGUGUCCCAGGCAUUGGAGGCACUUACAACAUGGCUCCUUACUCAUCAAUUCUUCUUGAAGCAAAAUGAUCACACGGCUACAAAGCUUCUUGCCAUUCAGAACUUCAGAUCGUCAAUAAGGAACUGUCGGCCUCCGCCUUGUAUAUGCAGAGAGAGGGAGCUAUUGCUUGUAAUUACUGUUAAUAAUCACAUAAUCGAUCAUGUGGAUGAUAUAUAGCAUCUACAGAUACUGCAAUAAUGCCAGAGGCAUGAAAAGUGAACUUCAACUACAAAAUGUUGUAUAACAGUAUAUCG